UAUCGGUGCAUCAUGAGCUAUAUAGCAGACUGAGUGCAGAGCAGCAGACUGAGUGCAGAGCAGCAUUACGAUGGACGUGAAGAGUUUCUACAAACGCAAAGAGCAAGGCAGGGAAAACGGCUCGAGUGACGGAGCUCGGAAAGGUUGUUUGUCUAGACUUUUGCACACAAAGAGACAGCUGGAUCCGGACACGCUGUGGAAAGUUUUCCCAAAGCAGCAGAUGGCCUUCGACUUUGCUCGGACCUGUUGGCAGAGUGCGGUGGUUUUUGCAUUUGAAUCCGAGGAUUUUGGGCACGAGGGACAAAGAAAGUAUCUCGUGACCACCUACCACCACUUCUCCCAGAAUUACCUAGCAACGGAGCCUCCAAGACACUUCUACGAAGUCAUCACCGAAGGCACCGUGUGCCGUCUCUACUUUGACAUUGAGUACAAGUUGGAGCUCAACCCUGGAGUUCCAGCCAUACCUACCCUUGAAACAUUCAUAGAGUACGUAUGCUACCAGCUGAGUGCCUGCUUCCGAAUGAGCUGCAGUCGCAGUCAAGUCCUGGACUUGGACUCCACAACAGACACAAAGUUUUCUCGCCACCUCAUCUUCCACUUGCCCAAUGCAGUCUUUACCAACAACAUCCACAUUGGUAUAUUAUUAGUAUAAUUAUACUGCUCUUCAUAUGCACUGUGCCUUUCACUUUCUGCGUGAUAUCUGGCAUACUGUUUGUCUGUGGAGGCAACUGGGUUCACUACACAUGUGACAAGUUGAGGGGACUGAGGAGGGAGAUAGAGAGAGGAGUGGACACCUCAGAGGUGUGGAGAUCUCUCUUCAGCCCCUGUCCACUGUCACCAUGUCCAACAGUGGAGAGGUUGCUGAAGCUGUUUGUGGCCACUGACAAAGGUGAUGUCACUCUCAUCUGUGAUGAAGGUGUGUACACUCGUAACAGAAACUUUCGACCUUUCCUCUCCUCGAAGCUUGGAAAAAUGAGCUGUCUCAGGCUGGCAAAAGAAAACAGAUUCAAGACGGUGAGGAGGAAAGAGAUGCAGAAGAAGAGGUACUUGGUAGAUGUUUUUCUGGAUUCACUCAUAUGCAAUCUAUGAAACCUCUCUACGCAUCAUAUCAUUUGAGUCUUGUGGUGAAGAGAGCGGUGGUGGUGGUGGUGGUGGAAAAAGGAAGAGGAGGAAGACAGAGGUAACUGUCGAGGCCCCCAGUGGGCUGGAGGGAUACUCAACCUCUCCUUGCCCUCUCGUGGACUCCUUCGUCACCUCCAGCUGCAUCAACAGGGGAGGAGUCCAGGGAGCCAUUCGUCGCUGGAGCUACUUCCAGCAAGAGAGGUUGUUGGUGUAUGAUAUCAAGCACAACCGCUGGUGCUACAACAUAGAGAGAGCACAUAAGAGCAACAACAUCAUGAUAGUUGCUGAUCUCCAGAGGGGCGUCUACUAUCAGAAAUGCCACGACCCUAUCUGCAGAGGCAUAAAUUUCAAAUCCAAUGAAUUUGAGAUUCCGAAUGAAGUGAAUCCUUUUUCAGUUGGAGUAGCUUCCAGUGAAGGAGGCAGUGAGGAGGAUGUUGGUCAGUGGCUGGGUCCCGGUGACCUACCGCUGGAACAGCUGCAGGUUUAUACUCUAGAGGAGGAGGGAGAGGAGAGGAAGAAAGAGGAGGGGGUGAAAGGAGAGAGGGAGGGGGAAGAUGAAGAAGAGGAGGGGGAGGAGAGGAAGAAAGAGGAGGAGGUGAAAGGAGAGAGGGAGGGGGAAGAUGAAGAAGAGGGGGAGCAGGAGAAAGAGGAAGGAGGGUGGCAGGAUUAUCACUUGGGAAAUGAAGGAGCGAGUGGUGAUGGGUUGCAUGAUGAAGCGAUACUGGCAAGGGUGGCUGAAGAAAUGGACCUAAACUUUCCGACAGAUGAUGUUGAAACUGUACUGCCAGCACCCAAAGAUUUGAGUGGCCAGAGUGUGGCUGAUGGACAUUCUCCAUUGCUAUCCUCACAGGAAAAAGACUUGCUGUUUGAUGCUGCUUACGAUGCCUAUGACCUGGUGCAUUUUUACGUGACUUACGCUUGCGUGUGUCACUUGUGCGCAUGCGCACACCUCAUAUCCUCGCCACACUGUCUGUAUAAUUAACUUACUGCACGCACCAGCGCAGCACACCAGCAGCAAAAGUAGUGGUGGUGGAUCCUCCACACAAGGGGACGAUGUCCGGGAGAAAAAGGACGUUGGAUAUCGAUGGAACUGGCUCUGAGAGCAGGGUGAAAGCCAGGAGAGAGGAGGUGGGUGGAGGAGGAGGAGGAGGAGGAGGGGAGGCAAAGAAGGUGGACACAGCCAAGAUGCAGAUCAACAAAUACACAGGUCGUCCGUUCUCGCAGAAGUUUUGGACCAUCCUGGAGAAGAGGAAGGGCCUGCCGGUGUGGGACUACUACACAAAGUUCAUGGAGCUGGUGAAGGUUCACCAGUGUGUGGUGCUGGUGGGGGAGACCGGCAGCGGGAAGACCACUCAGAUCCCGCAGUGGCUGGUGGAGUUGAGUCAGCAGAACCAGAAGCGACGAGUGGCAUGCACGCAGCCUCGCAGAGUGGCGGCCAUGAGCGUCGCUCAGAGAGUGGCCGACGAGAUGGACGUCACCCUGGGUCAGGAGGUGGGGUACUCCAUCAGGUUUGAGGACUGCACGUCGGGCAAGACUGCCCUCAAGUACAUGACAGACGGGAUGCUGCUGCGCGAGGCCAUGGGAGACCCUCUCCUGGAGCAGUACGGAGUGGUGAUUCUGGACGAGGCCCACGAGAGGACCCUCGCAACCGACAUCCUCAUGGGACUACUCAAAGAGAUAAUGGGCAACAGAGAAGACCUGAAGAUAGUGAUCAUGAGUGCAACGCUGGACGCUGGCAAGUUUCAGGCCUAUUUCAACGAUGCCCCACUGCUGAGCAUCCCCGGCCGCACCCAUCCAGUGGAGAUCUUCUUCACCCCGGAGCCAGAGAGGGACUACAUCGAGGCGGCCAUUCGGACGGUGGUCCAGAUCCACCUCUGUGAGGAGGGAGCUGGCGACAUCCUCCUCUUCCUCACCGGACAGGAGGAAAUCGAGGAAUCCUGCAAGAGGAUCCAGCGAGAGGUGGACAACCUCGGCCCGGAGGUCGGGAGCGUCAAAUGCAUCCCUCUCUACUCCACCCUCCCUCCGGCCCUUCAGCAGAGGAUCUUUGAGCCUGCCCCGCCCACUAAACCCAACGGUGCCGCGGGUCGUAAGGUGGUAGUGUCGACCAACAUCGCAGAGACCUCGCUCACUAUUGAUGGCGUCGUGUUUGUCAUCGACCCUGGGUUUGCCAAACAGAAGGUGUACAAUCCUCGGAUAAGGGUGGAGUCGUUGCUGGUGUCUGCCGUCUCCAAGGCCAGUGCACAGCAGAGGGCCGGUCGUGCCGGCAGAACUCGUCCAGGGAAAUGCUUCCGGCUCUACACGGAGAAAGCCUACCAGAAUGAGAUGCAGGACAACACCUACCCCGAGAUCCUCCGCUCCAACCUCUCCUCUGUUGUACUGCAGCUGAAGAAACUCGGCAUCGAUGACCUCGUCCACUUUGACUUCAUGGACCCUCCCGCCCCAGAGACCCUGAUGAGGGCACUGGAGCUGCUCAACUACCUGGGGGCCCUGGACGACGACGGAGAACUGACUCAGCUGGGGGCCAUGAUGGCAGAGUUCCCUCUCGACCCCCAGCUGAGCAAGAUGCUCAUCGCUAGCACUGACUACAACUGCUCCAACGAAAUCCUCUCCAUCACCUCCCUUCUCUCAGUGCCGCAGGUGUUCAUUAGACCAGGAGACAAGAAGAAGGAGGCGGACGAGGCAAAGAUGAGGUUUGCUCACAUUGAUGGAGACCACAUCACUCUUCUCAAUGUCUACCACGCAUACAAGCAAAACAAUGAAGACCCCCAGUGGUGCUACGACAACUUCAUCAGCUACCGGUCUGUGAAGCUAGGCGACGGUGUUCGAGACCAGUUGUCCCGGAUCAUGGACCGGUUCGGUCUUCGUCGUACCAGUACGGAGUUCACCAGUCGUGACUACUACAUCAACAUCAGGAAGGCUCUCAUUUCCGGCUUCUUCAGUCAGAUUGGUCAUUUGGAGAGGAGUGGGCAUUACCUCACUGUCAAAGACAACCAGGUUGUUCAGUUACACCCCAGCACGUGUCUGGACCACAAGCCAGAGUGGGUCCUCUACAAUGAGUUUGUCCUCACCAGCAAGAACUACAUCCGCACCUGCACCGACAUCAAGGCAGAAUGGAUGCUGAGGAUUGCCCCACAGUACUAUGACCUGGCCAACUUCCCUCAGUGCGAAGCCAAGAGACAGCUAGAGAAGAUCAAAAACAAGUUGGAGCUCCAGAAUCAGGGCAUCUUCUAG